GCGUGAGCCACCGUGCCCGGCCUGUAUAUAUGUAUGUACGUAUAUAUGUGUCUAUCUAUCUAGACACUAGGCAUUUUGGAUUAGGUGCCCACCUAUGCCUGUAUGACUUCAUCUUAACAAAUUACAUCUGCAAUGACCCUGUUUCCACAUAAGGUCACAUUCUGAGUUACUGCAGGUUAGGACUUAACAUAGCUUUUUGGUGACGGGAAGAAUCAUGGGGGAAGACACAAUUCAACCUAUAACAAGGAAUAAUUUUGACAGUCAUUGCCAAUUUGCAGAUGUUAAGGCUCAAAAACAAACUAUAAUCUUAUUGUUCAUUAACACAUAAGUGUGUAGGUAUGUUUUUUCCCCUUAAAAAAACACACUGGUGUAAUUAAAAACAAUCAACUACUUUUCCCUUUAGUGCUGUAAUUUUUUUAACUGGAAUAAUUACUUCAAUAAAAGAAAAAUUUCAUUAUCUGCGUUUCUUUUCCGGGCAUCGUUAUUAUCCAUUUCACCAUUACUACUGAAAAUCACUGUGUUAAAAACGAUGCGUACAGGUGUCAACCAGGCCAGCUGGCCACUGCUGGACCGGGUAGGGCCGUCAGCCCGCAGGACCCCGAACCCUCCGGGUGCCGUUCUCUUCAGACGCUCUCUUUUCCAGGAGUCUCCGCGGCGGAGCGUCCCAUCGCCCUAAAUGCCACUGGCUGACGCAGCUCAAAAACAAACCCGAUGGCCUGCUUAUGCCACACUAGGGGGCGCCUGGUUCUUCGGCCGCCACAGAUCACUCUGGUUGCCUGAAGCCCGCCCAGCUCGCCGCCUCUGGAAAAGCUCAACACCGUUUCUCCGCCCUUCCCGAGAUUGCCAACGAGGCAGGCUCUGAUGCGCAUGCGCAAACACGUUCACCACGCUCCGCGCUAAGGCGCAUGCGUCCCCUGAAAUUGCCUCCACCCGGUCUACCUUCCAGUUUCCAGUUCCGGCCUCCAAGGGGCGGGCAGAAGCUGGAAACAUGCGGCUGUCGGUCGCUGCAGCGAUCUCCCAUGGCCGCGUAUUUCGCCGUAUGGGCCUCGGUCCCGAGUCCCGCAUCCAUCUGUUGCGGAACUUGCUCACAGGGCUGGUGCGGCAUGAACGCAUCGAGGCACCAUGGGCGCGUGUGGACGAGAUGAGGGGCUACGCGGAGAAGCUCAUCGACUAUGGGAAGCUGGGAGACACCAACGAACGAGCCAUGCGCAUGGCUGACUUCUGGCUCACAGAGAAGGAUUUGAUCCCAAAACUGUUUCAAGUACUGGCCCCUCGGUACAAAGAUCAAAAUGGGGGCUACACGAGAAUGCUGCAGAUUCCAAAUCGGAGUUUGGAUCGGGCCAAGAUGGCAGUGAUCGAGUAUAAAGGGAAUUGCCUCCCACCCCUGCCUCUGCCUCGCAGAGACAGCCACCUUACACUCCUAAACCAGCUGCUGCAGGGUUUGCGGCAGGACCUCAGCCAGAGCCAGGAAGCAAGCAACCACAGCUCCCACACAGCUCAAACACCAGGGAUUUAACUGGAUCUGAAGAGUCUGCAGCCCUUAAUCAGUACCCAUGAUCACAGGCCUUUGGAGUGCUUUUACUCUCUGAGAAGAACUGGAGCUAGAGAUGUAAAAUGGACAGUCUUGAUGGGGUUGAGAACCUUCUGGGGAGCCAGAUGACCCUAUCUUUGCACGAUAGAUAAAAGUCUUUAUAUGAAUAUAUAUAAAUUCAUUUCUUUUUUCCUUCCUGUGGGAUUUCUGGAGAAUGAGAAUUAUCCAAAUGCUCAGUCCACCUGAGAUAGUAAAUUCAUGGCUUAUGCUUCUGGUCCUUAAA